UGACGGGACGCCAACAUGGAAGACGUUACUCCACGCCCAGGACCACCACCCCGCCCACACUCUGCCGCCACACGGUGUUGUGACCUGCUGCCCGCCCACGCCCACCAGCCUGCUCCCACCACACGCUCGCCAGCCGCCACGCCGUCAGGUCGCUCCUCCCGCGCGCUCUCCCAGCACCAGCUCCAGCCUCCUCCUCCUUCGGCUCACUCAACUCAACCUCAACUAACUUCUUCAGAGAUGGCGCGGACAGGCGUGGUAGUGGUGGUGGUGGCGCUGGUGGUGGUGGCGGCCGCCCUCACCCACGCUCGCUACCUCCCCACCAGGGCAGACGACUCCCGCCUCGAAGACAUCAGAGAACUCCUCAGAGAGGUCCUGGAGCGGACAGCCGACGGUGGCAACACCAGAGUCACCGGAUCCGGAUACGAUAGGCAAUUCCUGUUUAAACGUGCAGCCAGCGAGGGAGGGGUGGCAGAGGUGAUGGAGCCACUCCAUAACCUUCCCCAGUAACCCCCAGCGCCCCCCAGCGCCCCCCCAGAGCCCCCCAGCGCCCCCCAGCUCACCCUCAGCUUCAAGCUCCAACUCACAGCUACUUCAUUAAUCAACCCAACGGCUCGUGUCUUCACUCUGUGGCAUAUGUGGACCCAAACUUGUGUUAACCCAGAGAGCAGUUACGGGGAGCCCGUCCGGGUGACUGUGUAGGGACGACCAGUCUCCUGUAAUGAAAGAUAUUGUAACA